UUUUUGUUAUUCUUUAACUUUAUAGCCUUAUAGGUUUUAUUUCAAUGUUCAACCUUCAAUAGUUUAUCCUUUUAAAGUUUUUAUUCAUAACGGUCAUCACUUGUAAGCUCAAUUUUUGCUUUUGUAUUGUAUCAAUUUAUAUGCUUAUUAUUAUAUUCUGUGAUUUUAUUACAUUCGUUUAAUGGGCAAUAACUAAUUUAAAUAUCAAAUUGGUAAUACACUUAUCAGUAUCACUAAUGUCCUUACUGUUAUUGUGCUGUUAUGUAACACAACUAAUUUAAAUUAUACCAUCUACUUUAUUUUAUAUUAACUAGUUUUUAUUUAUAAUUAUAAAAUAUUUUUUUCUCAACAAUAAACUCCCAAAUUGUAGGUUUUAAUACAGGUGUUUAAACAUUAGAUUUUAUUUUUUUAAACGUUAUCCUUGAAGUUGUUUGUAUUAUUUAUACAAGUUCUAUUAUUGUACAAUGAGCGAAGGAUAUAAACCUUAUACGCCUGGAUGGAAUGAUCCACCCUCAUAUUCAUUUGAAGACACAGUAAGUGCUCAACAUGAAAAUCGACCUAAAAUAUUUGAUAGAAUACCUGCACGAGUUUUGGAAAAUGCUCCUAGCGUGCAGUCUACUAACAAUCAAAUACAUCUAGACAAUGAAAUAAUUUCCAAUGAAAACUGCGAUAAUACUUCAAAAAUCCCUGCAGUUUCGUCAUUGGUAUCAUGUGACAUUCCUGUGGAAGAACGCUUAUCGUAUGUAAUGACAUCUCUGAGCGAUUCAAUCCAAAAAUCAACAUUAUCAGAUUCCAAGAAAGUAGAUAUCAGUAAACGGCUGUCAAGACUGGAAAUCAGUUGGAAGGAUAGUCAAUUUACCGACAUAGUUCAACAAAAAACUAUUGCAUUAGUCAAAGCAAUCAAGAUUAAUGAUUAUGCUGAAGCAAAUAGACUACAAAUGGCAUUAAUGGUUGAUCACACUCGUCAAUGCAACACUUGGAUACCGGCUAUUCGACAACUAAUUAAUCAGCAAACUUAAAUUUAUUUUCCAUAAUUGUACUUUUAUUCAUAAUAAUAUAUAUGUAAUAAAUAGAUUAAGAUCAUUUCAAAAUUGGGUAUACAAUAAUUUA